AUGUUUUCCAUAGCAAUAUUCUUGGUUUCUUUAACUUGUCUGUGGCUAUGGGGAUGCAGCAAGAAGGGUAAGAGAUUACCUCCUGGUCCAAGAGGAUUGCCAAUCUUGGGGAGCCUUCACAAGCUGGGAGCUAACCCCCAUCGCGUUCUGCACAAACUAGCACAAAAACAUGGACCCAUCAUGUACCUGCGCCUAGGUUUUGUGCCAACCAUUGUUGUUUCUUCAUCCCAAGCUGCUGAAUUGUUCCUCAAAACACAUGACCAUGUCUUUGCUAGCAGACCACCUAUUGAAGCUGCAAAGUACAUCUCUUGGGAGCAGAGAAAUAUGGUUUUUGCUGAAUAUGGCCCUUACUGGCGCAACAUGCGUAAGAUGUGCACAUUGGAAUUACUGAGCCACACCAAAAUCAACUCCUUCAAAAGCAUGAGGCAAGAGGAGGUUGACCUAUUUAUCAAGCUUAUGAGAGAAGCCGCCAGUGAUGGGGUUGCUGUUGAUCUUAGUGCCAAGGUUGCAGCACUAAGUGCAGACAUGAGUUGUAGAAUGAUUUUGGGCAAGAAGUACAUGGACCAGGACUUGGACGAGAAAGGGUUCAAAGCUGUGAUGCAAGAGAUACUGUAUUUGGCAGCAACUCCAAACAUAGGUGACUUUAUUCCUUACAUCGGUGCACUUGAUCUUCAAGGGUUAAUUAAGCGCAUGAAGAAAGUGCACAAAAUCUCUGAUGACUUCCUUGACAAAGUUAUACAUGAGCACAUGCUAUCAGAAAACAAAAAAGACAAAGCUAAGGACUUUGUGGAUGUCAUGUUGAGCUUUAUUGGCACUGAAGAAUCUGAAUAUCGUAUUGAACAGCCUAAUAUCAAAGCAAUAUUGUUGGAUAUGCUGGUUGGUUCAAUGGACACUUCAGCUACAGCAAUUGAGUGGGCACUUUCAGAGCUAAUAAAGCAUCCAAGGGUGAUGAAGAAAGUUCAAAUGGAGUUGGAAUCUGUGGUGGGUUUGAAUAGGGUGGUGGAGGAGUCAGACUUGGACAAAUUGGAGUAUUUAGACAUGGUCAUCAAGGAAACCAUGAGGAUUCAUCCAGUGGGACCAUUACUAAUACCACACCAAUCUAUGGAAGAUUGCAUGGUUGCAGAUUUCUUCAUACCCAAAAAUUCCAGGGUGAUAAUAAAUGCAUGGACAAUUAUGAGAGACCCAAGUGCUUGGACUGAGCCAGAGGAAUUCUGGCCAGAGAGAUUUGAGGGACGAGACAUCGAUGUUAGAGGGAAACACUUCCAACUGAUACCAUUUGGGUCUGGCAGAAGAGCAUGUCCUGGAUUACACUUAGGGCUAACUGUGGUUCGAUUAAUGGUGGCACAACUUGUGCAUUGCUUUGAUUGGAAGUUACCAAACGGGAUGUUGCCAAGUGAGUUGGACAUGAAUGAGGUGUUUGGCCUUACAAUGCCUAGGGCCAAUCAUCUAUUUGCAAUUCCUACUUAUCGGCUCAACAAUGAAAGUGGUUAGGAAAACAAUGUAAUGGUAAAGUUUAUAUAAUAUUUCAUUAGAUCAA